AGAUGAAGCUUAAAGAUGAAGAUCUCAGUGGCUGUGUUGACUUUGUCUCUCUUUUACCUUAGCGUGGCUGAAGUCCAGCAGCUGGAUCAACGAGCAGAGGAGGACAAUGGCACAGACGUCGAGCAAGCUUCUGUCUGUGGUGGAGACGUGACGGGGAGCAGGACAAACAGCCAACUUGUUGUCAUCUUAAGAGAACUGGAGGCCAAACUGAGAAACACUGAGAAACAAUUAGAAGAUCUGAGAGGAGAGGUCCGAGGUAACCGGGUGGCAUUCGGAGCAUCUCUUGGCAUUGAUGGAAAUAUUGGACCCUUCAACACUGAGAUCACACUGGUCUACAAGAAUGUCUUCUCAAACAGCGGCUCAUACAACCCUGGAACAGGUAUUUUCACCGCUCCAGUCAGAGGAGUCUACUACUUCAGCUUCUCUGGCCAUAAUAUAUCAACUAGAUCAAUGUGGCUGUUUCUGAUGAAGAACGGAGAGACAAUGAUUCAUAUUGCCAACCAUCCAGCUGGAAACCGCCAUGAGACAGCAACCAACGGCAUGACUCUGCAGCUCGAUGUUGGAGACCAGGUGUACGUGAGACUCCAGCGAAACACCUGGAUUUUUGAUAAUGGCAAUAAACACGGCACCUUCAUUGGCUAUCUGCUAUUUCCUCUGUAAGUUAAAAUCAAGUAAAACGUAAAUAAAAGAGAGCAGGGUUUAAAUCAGGAGGAACAGGUAAUGGGGUCAUGGUGGUAAUCAUUGCUGCAGGUGAUGGAUAAACAGCCCCACAACUGGCUCAUAAAGUUGUGAUCUGCCUGAUCAGUGUUGAUGAAGGCAGUUAUCUUAUCUACUGAGUUGAAACUGAAAACUAUUUGUUGAUAGAAUUUUACUUGAACUUUUGGAAGUAAGUGUUUUUUUUUAAUUUACAUUCUGGUCUACAGUAUCUGCACACACAUAUAGAGUUUGUUUCAGCUGGUUUAAAUGAUUUUGUCAGUUCUGAACUUCCACAUUUUAGCAAAAUCUGUAUUUACUCUAACCAAAGGUUGCCUAACAUUAAAAAACAUAUCUGCCCUCUUUUUUUCUGUCCAUUCUGACACAGAAUUAAUGUCUAUUGUUUGACACUUUGGUCAGUCAUGUGCAAAUGUCCUCACUCAGUCUUAAAGACUAACAACCAUCAUCCUGUAAUGUCUCAGUUACAUUGUUAUAAUAUUCUACAACUUGUUUUUCUGUUCUACGUUAUUUUAGGGCCACGAUAAAGCACCGCUAUCAAAAUUGAUUAAUCAUUGAUUCAGAGAAUGCAAAUUACAAGAUCUUCCUCUUUAUAAUGUCUUUGUGAGUGAUAUUAAGAUAAGAGGGGCACGUUUUCUACAAGCCUUCAACAAUCAUGUGAAUCCUUGCACGUGAACGUCAGGCUUCUGAGUGAUAACACUUUCAUACCCAAUCAUGAUACAACCACCUGUUACCAAUAAGAGUUUUUACCUGGAGACUUCCUCGAAUCGUUUUCUGUCUUUCUUUUGUUGCCCCUGUCCCACCUUGUUUGUUUAAAACAUGUUGCUGAAACAUAUUUUAUAUGUAAAUAAACUUAUUUGGAUAGCU